UGUAUGUCAACGAGUCUGGAACGAGGUGGGGUGGGGGGAGCCUGGAAUAAGGUUAAAAGUCAUAAAUUACGCCCAUAGUAAUCGCGGUUUUUUGCUACAUUAAAAUGUCCACAUGGUGAAUUAUGAUUUGAUAUAGUUGGUUUUCUGAUUAUAAAAUGCGACCGAAUAUUAUGACUGGAUCAAGUGUUCAAGUGUCCACGUUAACCCAUUACGAUCCCCCCAAUGAGCCUCACUACCAUCAGCGUAAUGAUGAAGUCGUAGUAUCGAUUGUUCCAAAUGGCCCCGAAGAAAUCGAUAUUUUUCUAGGACAUGUACGCGUUAUUUACAUUCAAAACGAUAGAAAAUAGAAAUGAAGUGCCCUCCGCGACUCUUCGGCACAAUCGUUUUUGUGGCAUUUAUUAGCAUGUUUCCUGGGGGUACUGCCAUAGAUUGUUUUAAGUGUAUCUCCAUAAAUAACGAUUACCAGCCGUGCGAGGACCCUUUCCAUAACAAUUACACCGUAGACAUCUACCAAUCGCCUUGCAUGUGCGGUCGUAAGGGAAGAGACGGCCUAUUUCCCGCCACUUCCUGCGUUAAAAUAUCCGGAGUAUUUGAUGACAAUAAAGAGACGAUAACCGUGAGGGGAUGCGCCUUGGACAGCGGCACUUUAACCACAGAUACGGAAUUGGUCAGGAUGUCUCACUGCGGCGGAUUCUACUUCGCCAACAGAUACGUGAGAGGAUGCGUCCAGAGUUGCAGUGACGCGGACGGGUGCAACGCGUCCCACAGGAUCCGACCAAUGGGGCUCGCGAACCGCAUAAUUCCCGCAAUUUUUCUGGUCGUCUUAAAAUUUUUCAUUAAUUAAUUCAGCAAAUAUGACAAUUAAAAAAGAAAAAAAACAUAUCAGAAAUUGAAAGGGAGACAAUUAAGGAAUAAUAUAUAGGGUAAAUUGCUUUAGGAGUGUUAGAGAAAUAAUUAACGGACCAUUUACAUUAUAAGUUUUACUGCAAAUCAGGGUUCAUUAUCCAGACCAUUAGCGUCCGUCCGUCAAACGCAAACGUUCAUAACGCCAAUUGAUUUUACAUAACGUUACAUGCGAACGUCAAGUUUAUAAAUCACAAUUAUAAUUAUAAUAAUAAUCUUCCCGUAGAUGUUAGAGAUUUCAAAGACCAUUCCCGUCUUUGGCCAGGACACGCGCAAGUUUAAAAACUAUUUGAGUACAAAUAAUAUAUGCAUUGCAGGUCAUAACCUCAAAUUGUUUGUUUUACGUAUAUGCAGAUUGAAUUGAAUCGUUAUUUAAUAAUCUUCCAUAGUCACAUUAUUAUAUAUAAAAUAAUAUACAUCAUGUUAAUUAUUACAUAAAUGUAUUAAGCUAUUUUCAAAUAUUAAUGUAUUACCAAUAAAAAAGUGUUGAUGAGCAAUUAA